UCGUCCUUGCCCAUCAUCUCGCACUGGAGAGGGGUGGGGGGUGUGUGUGUCGAAAAACUCCACCCCAAAGAAAAACCUCCCUAAAGGCUGGGAAGUUGUGAGGAGGAAAGAAAGUAGAGUGUGUGAGAGAGAGAGGGUGGGGAAAAAAAAACAGGCGAGGAAAGAAGGAGCAAAAAAAAAGUGGAAGAGGGUUUCUUGAAACAGACGGCGCACAUUUUCUUGUUGUUUUUGAAUCUGAGGGAAGUUCCAGCUCCUCCAUAUUGGAGACCAAGCGACGACGUUUGACAAGAAAUAAUAUCUUAAGGGAGAAAACAUAUACCCCAGCCCAGAAGGAGAGACGACGCCGCAAAAAAGAAAAAGGAUUUUAAAAAUCGCAAUUAAGGCUUCGGGGAAUCAAGAAACAUUAUUUUCUCCGCGUUUAGUGUCGGAUAAAUUGUGUUUGAAAUCUCUCCACUCACCGGACAGCUCGGCGUCUUCCUCUCUCCGGGCCGCGGGCGAAAGGCGGUUAUUUUUUGAAUUUUCCUGACAUAAACAUUAAUAUAAAUGGUUGACUGAAAUAUAAUUAUUUUUCUGGGGGGGAGGAGAGAGACGGAAAAGAAAGUUGCAGAGAAUUAUAUUUUCUGCAUUUUGUGUUUUUUUUUAAAAAAAGUAUUUCUUUUUUUUCAACCCUUUGCCCGUCUUCUCCCUGUGGCGUAUAAAUGUAUUAAAAAUUCUACAUAUAUUUUUCAUCUGGAGUGGGUGAAAGGAACGGCUUGUUUGUUUUCGGUGUAUUUUCUGAAGGAAAUCGCGGAGGGCCCGACGGCCAAAAGCAGGAAGGGUUUGUUCGAUGGACAGCACGUCCAUUAUAACGCAGGUCAGCAAAGAGGAUGAGAUUAUUUCAUCGUCCCAGGAAAAAGUUUCUCAGAGCAGCCUCAGCUUGAAGAAACAGAGGAGUCGAAGCUUUUUCAACUCGUUCCUCUGUUGCUUUCGUGACUACAAUGUGGAGUCGACGACCAGCAACUGCAACAGCAAUGCUCAGUUCCCAACGGUGGAGGAGAAUGGGUCAAUUGCUAAGUCUGACCAGGUACAGGUCACCCCCAGCCCCAGUCCUCCGGCCAAAUUCCUCUUACCAGAGAUGAGAGUAUCUGAUGUUGGAAAGAAAUGUGUAGUCAUCGACUUAGAUGAAACCUUAGUACAUAGUUCCUUUAAGCCUAUUAACAAUGCUGAUUUCAUUGUUCCUGUUGAGAUAGAUGGGACUGUUCACCAGGUUUAUGUAUUGAAAAGACCACAUGUCGAUCUCUUUUUGCAAAAAAUGGGGCAACUCUUUGAAUGUGUUCUCUUUACAGCCAGUCUAGCCAAGUAUGCAGAUCCAGUAGCAGACUUGCUGGAUCGUUGGGGCGUGUUCAGGGCCAGGCUCUUCAGAGAAUCAUGCGUUUUCCACCGAGGAAACUAUGUGAAAGAUCUCAGUCGACUAGGGAGGGACUUGAGCAAGGUCAUUAUAGUGGAUAACUCGCCGGCAUCCUACAUCUUCCACCCUGAAAAUGCAGUGCCUGUGCAGUCCUGGUUCGACGAUAUGUCAGAUACUGAGUUGUUUGAUCUGAUUCCAUUCUUUGAAGGACUGAGUAAAGAAGAGGAUGUUUACAGUAUGCUGCAGAACCUCCGCGGCAGGUAGCGAUUGUGCUCCGGGCAUGUCUUCUCGGCAGAUUCUUAGGUUGUUCUUGCCCGAUUUUUAUCCCAUUCCCUUCACUUCCCCAAUCUACGCCCUUGCCACUUCCCCAUCCCUCCCCCUUCGCAGCGUUGUGUUUUUGUUUUUUGUAACGAAAGGAAAGCUUCCUUCAGUUUCUCCUGCCUUGCGUACCUGUGUUUGGAUCGAAACUGCAACUCUUGGAGGAGGAGCAGGAGGGAGGUAUCAUCAGACAAGAAACACUUCAGUGGUUCCUGUCGUUGACUCGUUAUGGACAAGGUGAUUGACGUCCAUUGAGCUUCUCAAAGCCUGACGUUGGAAAGUCGCACAUGACCAGACUUCAUCUAAAAGGAAGAACUAUCAGAGUAAAUCACCGACAUAGAAAACAAAAUGAAAAAUUUGUUAUGGACUACAGUUUGAGUAGAAAACUUCUCUCUACCUACCAAAAACAAGUAUUUGAGCAGUUCUGUGAUAUUUUAAGUACUUUUUCCCUCUUUUGUUAAUUUUUUUGGUUGUUGCUAUGCAGACAGUCAUGCUGACCUACAGUAGCUGACCUGAUUCUGUGAUCUCACUUUUGCAGAAUGAAGUGCCUUUUUGAAGAAAAAAAAGUUGAUAAUUUUAGAUGAGAAAAAAAAGCAAAGUUAAUUUUUUUGUACACUGCAUAUUCCAGAGAUCUUUUAUCUUUUAAUGACUGUAGUUUUAAAACAAAAAAAUCUUUAUGAGCACUGUUAUUUAUGCUGAACACGUUGAAUUAUAAGUGCUGGGUAUAAGUCUCCAGAGUCAUUAAACUUUAAAUUUUAUA